CCACUAAUACAAAGAUGAUUUAUCAUUAUUGAUUUGCUAUGUGGGACAAAUAGAGGAGGACUGCUGACUCAUAGUGCUCCUGUUAUUUUAUUAUUUUACACAGAUAUCGAUUUAAUUUAGUUAAUAAGAAAACUGAUGGCAGCUGUUAUAUAUUAUAUUGUUUUCUGCAUAUAAAGUCAACAAUGAUCCCAUGUGAUCUCAAAUGGAUGUACAGUCUCUUGGUGAAUGUCACCUUAAAGUAAAGAAUGUAUUGACGCAUUCCUCUUUGUCAUAGCUAUACAAAUCUUCUAUGCAUAAUUGUUGUCUACCAGAUACGUAACAGUAUCAUUCUAUGUCAUUAGCUUCAUUCCCUUUUCUUUUUCUUUUAUUUUGCUGGCUUUAGCCUAGAACUAUUUCACAACAAGUUGUCCAAGCAACACAAUGUGUGACCCAGUCUGUGGAAACCAAAGUCCCAAAAUCGAGUUAUGAGAUUAGACAGAGAGAGAGAGAGAGAGAGAGAGAGAGCUAGAGAGAUAAAGAGAGAGAGACUGGGGUACUUUGACCUUAUUUCUAUUGUUCUAACCAGCUGACUUGAAUUACAUGACAGCUUUAAUGUGAAAACAGCGAAGUAUUUAUAUACAUUUACAUUUAGUCAUUUAGCAGACGCUUUUAACGCUUUUAAAUUAUAUUUAAACACAGGAAUUAUAACUCGUAUUCCUAUUGUGCUGCAGUACCACAACAAUGAGAUAUCCCAUAAUUUUUCCCAAAAUUAAAAUAACGCAUAAAAGUAGUACAUCAAACUUGUCAUGUGGCAAAAACAACACCUUGUUAAUUCCUACUUCCCUUCAUUGCUUAUAUAUUAUAGAAAAGCCGUCAAAAAGACAGCCUGCUCCAAAGCAUUCAGCAUGUUAUGUGAGGUCUCGUGCUUUAAAUGGCACGAGAUCACAGCGGGUAGACGCGCACCCGGCACACAUGCGCUCGGGCGGUUUCUUCUUAAAUGUUCAACGAUUUCUGACAGACUCGUUCAAAGGAUACAAAAAUUCGUUCCGGAUACUGAAAUACGACGCGGACGUUGAUUCAUACAGUGAUAGGAUACAUUAUAGUGACUAUUCCUUCAAAUCUUGACAGCUUGGCAACAAAGUGAACCGAAGUGACUGUGGUGAAGACACAACGCCAACAGUUGGGACAGGGCAGGUAUUUUGUUAAGUGAGGAUGGGCCGUAAACUGGAUCUCUCUGGUCUGACGGAUGAUGAGGCGGAGCAUGUGCUACAGGUGGUGCAACGGGACAUGCAGCUUCGUAAGACAGAAGAGACGCGACUCAGUGAGAUGAAGCAGGCGCUGGUUGAGGAGGGCAGUCGGUGUCUUCUUCUUUCGCGUCAACGGAGGUUUAAUGAACGCUGCUGCAUUCGCUGCUGUUCGCCCUUCACCUUUCUGCUCAACCCCAAGCGCUCCUGCCUGGACUGCAACUUCAACGUCUGCAAGGGCUGCUGUACCUACAGUAAGAAGCAUAAAGGCUGGCUGUGCUCCGCCUGCCAGAGGAGCAGGGUGCUGAAGAUCCAGUCGCUGGAAUGGUUUUACAAUAAUGUGCAAAGGCGUUUCAAAAGAUUUGGCAGCGCCAAAGUGUUAAAGAACCUCUACAGGGGGCAUGCAGCAGAGCGUGGAGUGCUAGCAGAGCUUACAGAGGGCAGCACUUAUGAGGAGGAGGGCAUCUACAAUGAAGGCAACGUGUAUGAGAGCGACUCUGCAUUCUACAGGCAAAGUGAAGAGCGCAGCAUGGCUGAGACUAUUAGCGUGGCACUGCGGGUGGCAGAAGAGGCCAUAGAUGAGGCCAUUGCUAAAGCUGAGAGCAAGACUAACAGUCAACAGAGUGAAGCUCAUUAUCUGCGAGAGCACCGAGGAGAGCUGGUACAGGAACUGGCCACAACUAUAGUACAGAAAAUUGUCCAGCGGAGGAGGGAUCUGUCUGAGAUGCAGUCUGGUGAUCAACUUUCUCCUGAUCAAGCUAAGAGUGCCAGCAAUGCUUCUCUCUGGAGAUCUCACUCAGCAUUCUGCCUUUUGCCUGAUGAGAAAGUGGACCAGCAGGGCAACAUUGAGUCCAAGCCUUCAGCCUUUCAAGGUCAUGCUAUGGAAAUGAAUAAAGAAGGAACAAUGCCUGUCCAGGUCUUGCCUAGCUGGAGGAGUGUUGACCGAUUGGACAAUUCUACGUUACAGAGCCCUGACGGGAACUGGAUUGCUUACCAGAGCACCCUACUGUCUCGUCCAAGCCUUUUAACAAAGCGUAAAAGCCUAGUCUACAGCGCCUUGGAAAGGGAAUCCGGUGUGGUGUCCGCUUAUGAUGAGAUAGGAUCAGAAACAGAGACUGAGUCUGACGGAGUCUGGGGUGCGGCUCUGCAAGAACUUCGCCUUAAGAUGUCCGCCAACAAGCAGUUGAGUUAUCCUGAGUCUUACAGUCGUCAUUCAACCUUGCCUUUGGAUGCACAUACCCAAAAGUCUACUGCAGAUAUUGAGAGCUCCACUGGUGAGGAUGGACCGCCGCAUAAGUCCCACAAAUCUCUACUGCCCUUCCUGAAAAGGAAAGUGCCACUGGACCACAGACGACCCUCGUCUGCUCGUCGCCCAAGCAUUAUGGAUGUUAAUUUCAACCCAGGAGGGGCGGAGAGCAGCGAUGAUUGCCUAGAGGACAGCAGGGUCAAGAGGUUACGCAGGAGGAAGAAGAAUAAGAGAGAAGAUGCAGAAUGGACAGGAAAGCCAGUGUUGUCUUUACCGGAUUGCAGUAGCCAACUCUCAGAUGCUCUGGUGAAGAAUCGGUACUUGAAACAAGACCCAGUUUUGUGUCAUAAAAGUGAUCAGGAUCUGGACGCUGAUGCUUCAGACACUCCUACCCCUGACAUCUUGAGUUCUGGAGCAGUGACCCCUGAACCAUUUGGACUUGAUCUCAGAAAUCACAGCAGUGUGGAUCACAGAGCCCAAGGUUUGGUUGAAUCUUUAGAUAAGGAGUUGACCUCCAAAUUGAGAGAGCUGAACAGUCAAGUUAGAGAAACACAACUCUCUUCCACUGAGGAUGAAUUGGAGAGGUUGGAAUAUCAAAUCAGAGAUCAAGAAAAUGAAAGAAAAGCAGAAGGAACUAAAGUUAUAGAAGAAGCUACAUUUGCUAUUAAGGUUGAUUUAACAAAAAGAAUGAAUGAAACGGCAUAUCAUCAAAUAACAACAGAGAAGCUGGACAAUAAGUUGACCUCUAAACUUAAAGAGCUGACCAGUAAAGUCAAUGAGACGCAACUUUCUUCUACUGAAGAUGAAUUGGACAGGUUUGAGGAUCAAAUUGAAUUUGAUGUCACAACUCAACCAAUCAGAAUGGAGACACUGGAAUCAGAGGAUAAUAAGACAGAUAAUCAAGACAGAUUGAUACAAUAUCAAGAGAAACCCCAAAGUCAUGUAGAGAAGAUGGUUGAAAAAGCAGAAGAAGAGAGAUCAGAGAAAAGGCCUCGGGACAUGGUGUCAGAAAAAGACAUCAUUGAGCGAAAUGUUGUGAACGAGACGUUGAAAGAUAUUACCACUGGCAGCCAUAAACAAGAACAUAAUAUGACAGACGCACAAGAGAAGAUAGCCAGAAAGAAGACUGAGAAGACGGUGAGCCAAAGACAAGUCCAGACUGAAGAAAGAAGCUCAGCUGAAGGUGAACAGAGCGGAGCUGAGAAUAUAGAGACUGUGAUUCAAACGGAGGAGGCUUUAUCCAGUGAACUGCCUUUAAGUGAAUUGCUUAUUGAGGAUGGAGAGGUGGAAUUUGAUAAGAUCAUCGAUAUUGUAGCGAAGGCUUUGGAUGAAAUGGAAGAGUCAGAAGCUUAUUGUGGUGAGGGGGUAUUUUUAGAGGAGAGUGAGGCAGAGAAACAAGAGAUGACGAAAGAUAAGGCGGAGCAGGAGACGGUAACUGAUGGUGCAAGACAUGAAAUGGAGGACGGCGUGGAAGUUGAGCAAUCUUUUGUUGCUGGAAGGUCGAAGGUGGUUCACGAAAAAGAAACGGGGGAGAUCAACAAAGUCUUGGCAAUUGAGAACAGCACUGUUGUUGAAACAUCUAAAGAGAUACUUCUACUAAAAGAUGCCAACAGUCAAGGUGAUGCUUUAGACACUGAGAAAAGAGAGCAGCAGAGCAUUGUUCGGCAUAGCGCCCCAUCUGGUCAGGAGGAGUAUCUCUCACCAGAGGAGAUCUGUAAGAAGUACUCUGCUGCAUCACUGCGUAGCAUCACCACAGAGGUGCUGAAGGUGCUAAACGCUACAGAGGAUCUGAUUCACGGAUCUAUGGGAGACAGCCGAAGCCAGCCAGAUCACAGUGACCUCAUGACAGUUCCCCCAGCGGAGGCCAAAAGACUAGACGAGCAGCUCAGCCGACUGGAGGAGAAUGUGUAUGUGGCUGCAGGUACAGUGUUCGGGCUGGAGGCUGAACUGGGGGAUCUGGAGGAGUGUGCCCGUAGCAUCUGUGCAUCCACCUCUGAAGGAGAGCUCUCUCACCUGGAGGAUCAAGUGGCCUCAGCAGCAGCCCAGGUGCAGCAGUCUGAGCUCCAGGUUUUGGACAUUGCAGGAAGAAUUGCUGCUUUGAAACAUGCAGGUCUUAAUGUUGCGCCGCAGACCCAGUUUUCCAAUGUCAAGACAACAGUAACUAAGACACAAACCAUUGGCUCAUCCCGCAAACUAAGGCGGCGACUGCCAGCGCCUCCAACACAAGAUAAAGAAGCUUAAAGAGUAUGGUGGGAGAUUUAAGAAGCAUCACUUCAGAGUUUAAUGACUGCUAACCAAACAAAGCUCUGGAUCACAUGUGCCUUAAUGCUAUAGUGUACAUGAUAAGUUGUAUUUAAACAAACUUUAGUUCAAAUCGACAGAUUUUUUACUGAUGUGGUAAUGUCAUGUUACAACAAAAUGUAACUAUCAGUAUCACAACCCUUCAAAAAUAGAUGAGGUUGUUUUGUUCUCUCUUAUUUAUAUUUUGUUUAUCUAAAUGAUUCAUGUAAUAAUAAAUUGAUGUGAUACUAUAUAAUUUAAUGUGGAAGUGUUUAACCAUACAGUAUUUGACCAUACUGUAUAGCUGUGAAUCAAAGAUACAAAAUUGUAAGAACUUUAACUGAAUUGACAUUUUUUAAUGAUUUUGUCUGAUAUGAAUCAAUCAUCCAACACACAGACUUUUUAAUGGCUGAAACAUUCUGAUAUGGAUUAGAUUUGAUAAUAUAGAGAGCUUUUACAAGCUAAACUUACAAAGUUAAUGUGUAAAUGAUACUUGUAAAUUCAAAAAUGUUAUUUUUUGUAGUUUGAUUAUAUUUUGGUUAUACUUAAUUAAUUAACCAUUUUUAUUAAUGUCAUGAACAGUGUCUUGUGGAUAUGUUCCAGUCAAUUACAGACGACCCCAAUAAUUGUAUUAAAUUCCUUUGUUGAAAUGUGU